AAUUUAGCUUCGAUUUCCUCUUUGGAACUUUUAUUUGGUGAAAAUGGCUGGAACAGCAAGGCACGAUAACCAAAUGGCUGAGAAAGCCAGGAAGUUACUUGAUACGACUCAAGAUCCAGUGGAAAAAUUACGACUGCAAUGUUUGUCUCGUGGAUCAAGCGGAAUUAAAGGUCUGGGACGAUGCUUUCGAAUCAUGGAUGACGAUAAAAGUAGGAGCCUCGAUUACAGUGAAUUUAAAAAAGGAAUUUAUGACUAUGGUCUUGACCUUGAUCCCGAUGACGCACGGAAGAUGUUUGAAACAUUCGAUCGUGACGGGAGCGGAACGAUUGACUUCGAUGAGUUUCUGGUGAAACUGCGACCACCACUUUCGAAAUCUCGACGGACUUUAAUACAGAAGGCAUUUAGGAAGCUUGAUCGAACAGGCGAUGGUCAAAUAACCGUGGAAGAUCUACAUGGAGUUUACGAUGCAAGGCAUCAUCCGAAGUAUCAAAACGGGGACUGGACAGAAGAUCAAGUGUUUUUAAAGUUUUUAGAGAGCUUUGAUACCCCUGGUGACCCUGAUGGAGUUGUAACAUACGAAGAGUUUUAUAACUAUUAUGUUGGCGUCAGUGCAUCCAUAGAUAAUGAUAUAUAUUUCGAUGUUAUGAUGCGAAAAGCGUGGAAACUCUAAUGCCGUUGAUAAUUAAAUGAGUUUGAACUU